AUGUCGAAAGAAAAAAGAAAAACGCCGCACCACUUUAAGUUGGUGCUCCUCGGUGACGCCAGUGUAGGGAAGUCAUGUCUGGUCGUAAGGUUCGCAAAGGAAGAAUUUUACGAGAACCAAGAGCCGACAAUAGGAGGUAAUAAAAUGAGCAAUUAUUUGUUGUUUUGUUUUCCAUUGCCAUUGCAUCUCCGUUAAUUCGUGCGAUCAUCAUCCGCCAUACAUACAAACUUCCAGCCGCCUUUAUGACGCAGACGGUAGAGUUGGAGAAACCAAAAGCGCUCGUGAAAUUCGAAAUAUGGGAUACCGCGGGGCAGGAAAGGUAUCGGAGUCUCGCGCCGAUGUAUUACAGGUAUAGCACAUAUUGAAGGAUGGACUUGGUACAUUCCCUUUAAUUAAUAAAAUACGAUGAAGUUGAUUGUCGACGUCGAGGGUGCUGGCAUGACAGACAGGUUUUCAUCUCAUGCGUCAGAUUUUUGCAUCACAAGUGGAAGUGUCACUGUGAAAAUAAAAUCAGGGGCGCCGCCGCUGCCGUCAUAGUAUACGACGUUACCAGCAGGGAGAGCUUCGACGGCGCGCGAUCAUGGGUACUUUAUAUCACUGAGAUGCUUUUAUUCUUUUUCGAACAUAUGGAUAUGCAGCGUUGGCAUUUGUUUCCACCUUGCGCGUGACAGAAACUGCAUUUGAUAUUGCGGGUAUUUAUUGAUGCGCAUGAAAAAUAUCAUCUUUAAAACUACAACUCCAGGUCCAAGAGCUCCAAGGCAUGGCCGCGCAAGAGUCGCUGGUAAUAGCGCUGUGCGGAAACAAGGUCGACCUUGUAGAGGCGAAUUUCCCGAGGCAAGUAGAGCAGGAGGUAUAGAAGAAGUACUAGAAUUUUGUGUUGCGUGGUGAUCAACCCGACAGUGCAUGCUUUUCUCGGCAAGUUUCAUCCUGUAAAAGGUCUUUCUCUUUGUCUUUGCCAAGUUAAGUAUUGAACAACACUGGCCACACAUCAUCACUCAGGUCGCGCGAAGUUACGCCCAGGAGAUGGGCAUCCUUUUUUUGGAAACUUCAGCAAAGAGCGGGAAAAACGUGAAAGAGGUCUUCAUGGAAAUCGCGAAGAGGCUGCCAAUAAACAAAAACGAAAAGGACCCGAACACGCACGUAUAGACUUCUGGUGAUUUUCAUUUUUCCAUGCACGCGAAUUAUAUCAGUCUGCUCGUUUUGUCAUGGUAAAGAUGAGAAGUACUGAACUGCACAACAUACUAUUACACCAUCACAGCAAAUCGGCGCGAAUACGCAGAGUUCAAGUAGCACCUUUGGCGGGUGUUGCGGUGGCGGAUCAUAAGAAAAAUUCCCAGCGACACACAUGAGCAUGAGCAGGUGCUUUCCCUACGCCUACCCAACAAAAAGAAGAACGGUCUGCACAUCAGCAGGAGCCCUGUUGAGCUGCUUUUCCCCAGCACAGAUGAUUUUCCCAGCGGCAGCUUCAUAGAAGCCAGGAGCUCUACUCUACUACCCGGCGCGCGAUGAUUUGACGAUACAGAGGAUUCUCGUGUCUUCACAUGAUUCUGAUAAUUUACAUCACAGAUUGGCGAUUGGACAUUUUUAAAGCAUCAUCAAACAAUAGCAGUGUCAAAACAACAACAACUCUAGGAUCAAAGAUCAAGCAAAAUAACGGCCGUGGCAUUUCUAGGUUCAAAGAAACAACAAAGAAAGCGGCCUUUUGAUGUGGUGCGAGAAGUAGGACAACGAAGUGUGUAGUUGAGAAAUGGUUUGUUUCUCAUCUAGUACCACCAGCGAAGAUGAUACAACGCAUUCUAGCGGCCAUGUGUGGUUUUUAUGAAGAACAAGAGAAGAAAAAGAGGAGGAACACACAACAUUUCAAAACAAGCGGACCUUCCCUCCUCGAAGCAGGUUGAGUCUGCGCCGUUGC